CCGGAGGAGGAGCCCAGCCCCUUCGCUCCUUCUUCGGCGCCGGGAGCGGGGGCUCGGCGUCGCCUUGCGCCGGACGGGAGACCGAGGAAGCGGCGGCGGCGGCGGCAGGUCAGGGGCGGUGGGUCGGUCGGGGGCCGGGGAAGCAGUUGCGGGCGGGCGGGCGGGCGGGGGCCCCGGAGCGGUGGGGGCCUUUGGGUGGCGCCCUCCCUGGGCAAGCCGGGCGCGCGGAAGAGAGGAAAUGGCGAGGAUUUCUCCAUCCCAUAAUGCGCACGCCUUGCCUUGGAAGGAGCCUCUUCCUCGGCGACCAGCCCGGCGCGGGGGCGGAUUUCUGCGCCCUGGGAAGCAUCUCUCGCUUCGAAGCCGGGCUCCUCCGCGCCUCCCCCCCCCCCCAGCCCCCCUCGGCCGCCAAGGCUCCUGUUCUCUCUCAGCCUAGGGAACAAGCCAAGUCCUUCUGUCUCGGUAACAGUUGUAACUGGACUGGUCUUCCCCGCCCCCCCCCCGACAAGAAUGGCCAGGCAGGCGUUCAACAGGUGAAGCCUCUCCUCCAGCAACAGAACCUGCGGGGUUUCUGCUUGCUACGAUGCGCUCAGCCAUACGGAACAGGAAAGGACUCUGCUUAUAUAACUCUGAGUGAGAUGGGAAGAAGGUUUUGGUGUGUACUUGAAAUACGUAAGGAAGAGAACCUUGUGUCUGUUGUUUUUAUGCGUAUGGGGGGGGGAUGCUGGGGGUUCUCUUUCUCCCUUUUUGCCCCGGCUCCACUCUAUUAUUCUUGCUGUAAUUCUCUCUCCUUCAAUUUGAACCCUGCUUUUCAGCCCCAAACUCUCACUGUUAUUUGGCCCCUCUUCAUUGAGCAUUCCUUCUGAUUUGCUUACACAAAGCUUACGUGGAUUUUAGAUUACAUCCGGCCAUUGCUGAGCUGUUAGGUGGCUUCUCAUUAGCCAUUUGUUCCUCCCACACUUGUCACUGCAGUCCCCUGCCACUUUCCAAACUGCAAAAAGUCCAGAUUCCCUUUUUUAAAAAAAACAAUAAAGUGGACUUGUUGUGCUAAAGAGACAGAAUCCUUUAAUCCACUUUCACUGCACCCACUGAGUUUAGCUACUGGCACUUUCCCCUUAGGUCUUCUCGGAUAAGACAAUGUCACCAGGAACGCCAUCCGCCUGUUCUUCUUCUUCUUCUCUUUGGGUGGCCUCUUUGCCUUCGCUUCUCUAGGGAGCGCAGUGUGUCAGCUGUCUCCCUUUCUCUUUUGCACCUCAUUGUGUCUUCAUCCCUUGAGGCGAAGGAGGACACACAUUUCAAUCCAGCUGCUGCUUAUUUGUUUCUGCUUCCUUAAGGUGCAAUUCCAGAUGUUUUUUACUUUGCCUUGACAUCUUUGUCCUGGUAGCUGUGACAUCAGAGCUGAGCCAUGAGACACCGGAGAGCCUUGCUUGAGGUCAAAUAACAGGCGGUCAUUGGUCAAAAUAGCACCUCUAAUGUCUGCUAUUUUUACUCGCCAAGCCAAACAGCCGUUUCUGUGCCAGAUAGGGAACAGGAUGAAGGAAUGUCUGUGGGGGGGGGGGGAGGGUUGUGUGUGAAUACAAUGUUCAGUCUGGAUUCUAGUAUUGUUAGAAACCUGUUAACUAAUUUAAUUGAAAUGAAAGUUUAAUGUAGAGAUUUUCUUUGGGGUUGUUUUGGAUAGAAUGAAACACUGGUUUGCACUUGUUAGGUAUUGGAACAGUAAGAAUCAAUGAGGUAAUAAUGGGCAUGUACUUAGGUCAUUGUGAUCAAUUUAUGAAGUGUGUGUUAUGAGAAAAACAUAAAAUGAAGACCUCAACAACAGGACAUCAUGACUGGCACCUCAAUCCUAAAUGUAUUUGCUCCUUUAUUUUCAAUAAUGUUUAUUCAGAAGUGAUUACCAUUCAUUAGGGAUUAUAAAUGUCAGUAAAUUAACUUCUGUUCAUUUAAUUCCCUUCAAGUGUGUGUAGUUAGGACCAAAGUCUAAGCAUUUAUUGAGGAGUGAAGUUUUUCUUGAGAGAUCAGUGAGGAAUUGGUUUACUUUAUUUCAUAAAAUUAAUACACCUCUUGAUUGUAAACUCCCCCCCCCAUAAAUCCCAAAGUGGUUUAGCCACAGGUAAAUAUAUUCCAUAUUAUGGUUGUCAACUUUUCCCCCUGGAAGGCCCUUGUGUCAAUUUAACACCAGUGUAACAAAACACAAAUUUAGCAAGUGAAGCUUUUCCUAGCGUACAGACCAGUGAUGGGAAAAGUUUUGGAGGCUGGUUUUCAUCUGGCAUGGAGCUAUUAAAGGCACAGGGGCACUGCUUAAGUACAAAUAGUGACCCCACAUGAUACACAGUGAAGUGUGGAUGUUAGGAGGGGCUAUUAAUUCCUCUGCACAAAAGAGUUACAUGCCCUUUAGGUUAGUUUCCAUUUUCCAGGUCAAUAUGUUUCUAUAUUGUAGUGCAGAGGUUCUCACACUUUCUACUCCCAGAGUUCACUUGAGAUGGCCGGAAAUUACUGAGGGGCACCAGACACCCCCCCACACCCACACCCACACCCUGUGCUGCCUAGGCACAGCCAGUCACAAAAUGGUGUCAGAAGGAGACAGACAUUGGCACAACCAGUUGGCAAUUUCUGACUUCAUUUUCUAGUAAUCCAUAUAUGGAAAUUUCUGAAUUCUUUGGCACAGCGCCUUCCUUGUGGCAAGGAGUUCUGUAAUUCAGCUUUCCUUAAACUAAGAACAGGCAUUUUUGUUCUGUGGCCACACACCCACACACCAAUUUAGGCAGAAUUUGAUGAUCUGGGUGCUCUAAGUGGAUAAGGGUUCUUUUCUUUGUAAUAUUCCCCUAUCCCCACACCUGAAGUUUUUUACCCACCCCCUGUAACUUCUGCUCACUUCACUCACCUUAUCUCCACCCCAUCCCACCAGCUUCUUUAAUCCUUCCUUCCUGGUCCUUUUAUCUUCACUUAAUUCUCUUUAAAUGAUCUUUCCUCUCUUACUCCAUUUUCUAUUUGUUUCCUUGAUUAAACAUUAACCUUUUCUUUCACUUGCUAGUUCCCUUCCAUAGCUCAUCUGGCCCUUUCUCCUCAAAGGAAGAAGCCCGUCCUUCCUUCUUCCCCCCUUGUAUUAUUAUCUCCUGGCCGCUUUUACUCCAACCAGAAGGCCAGGCAUCCUUGGGGAGGAGAGGCAAGGGAGCAGGAUGUGGCCCUGAGGAUCACUGGUGGGUCCGGAUCAGGCUCUCUCUGAGAGAAACAGGGGCUUCCAAACUGCAUUUUGUGGGGCUGUGGGGUCAGGGCCAGCCCAGGACAUUCUGGCACCUGAGGCAAACCCCCAAAUGGUGCCCCCCUGAAGGGAGAGGGUGUAAAGACCAACAUUAGGGACAAGGGGACUAUAAAGUCUCCAGAGGGCAGCCCCUGCCAUUUUUUCCUGGGGGUUGAGGAGACCAGCAGCAUCUCCUAUUCAUCAUCAUCAUCAUUUUUUAUUUGUAUGCCGCCUUUCCACAGUUAGAAAAACAAUGCUCAAGGCGGCUUACAGCAUGACAAGAUUUACAUAAUUACCAAAGUCAUAAACAGUAAAUAAACCACAACAAAAAAAUACACAACCAAAUGGGAAACAAUUUCCACAUAAAAUCUAAAACUAAGAAUACAGUAUUAAUACCACAGUUUAAAAUGACAUAGGUAAAAAAUAACAGCAAUUUAAGCAAGCAAACAAACAAACAAUGGAGCCCCCCCUGCACAGCAACAGCGGCGGCAGCAGCAGUCCUUUAUAGAGCCCAUCAGGCCCCGCCCUGGGCCAGGGGCAUAGCUGUCAACUUUCAGAUUUGAAAAUAAGGGAUCAGCAGCCUCACCUGUCCUGGGGACAGUCUACGUACGGAAUAACUAACAAUCCGGGUUGGCAGCAGGAAGCAGCGGGAAACGGCGCUGGAAUAAGGAAAUUUCCCGCAAAAAAAGGGAAGGUUGACAGCUGUGGCCAGGUGGUGAGUGGCAGGGAGCAUUGGUGGUGGCAAGGGGGCCCUGCUCUGAGGAGACUGUAGAUUCAGCCUCCAAGGAGCGGGCCACAGCCAUUGCUGCCACUGCGGCAACAGCAGGUGAUGCAGUCCUUGGAAGCCGGAUCCGCUGCCCUGAGGGAUCCUGCCACCGAAGGCAGUCGCCUCACCUUGCUUCAUGGGUGACCUUGCAUGGGGUCCCUCUCAGAAGCUUCCCAGGGACCUGCUAGUAAGAAGUUCAGCAGGGGCAGGCAAAUGUCUCUGAAAGUGAACAUGGCUUGUUUCUCCCUCCCCUUUUGCUGAUCUGUUCCUUGCAAUGUGCAGCCUGCAGGAGAGCGUGGGGAAUGCUCCUGGGGUGCACAUUCAGUAUGCCUGGUGCGCUGACAGACCCCGGUAAGUCUAGGAAGAACCCUGUGAACCAAGGGGGUGCCCCGAUGUUCCAAAAGCAACGACAGCAGAAAGGGAUUCUCUGGAAGAGAAACUAGGUUGCCAUGGCUCCUCAAGAGUAGGCUGUGGCAGUUUGAGGAUACUGAACAAUGAAGGGUUGCAAGUGGAACCUAGUUUUCUUGCUGCUGCGGUCUCUGUAAAAUAUGCCAGGGUUCCUUUCAUGUCCACCCCAUCAUUCCGGCUGAGUGUUGUGAUACCUACUGGAGAGAGAGCUGUGACCUAACAGAGGCUGGCUUGGUUCCUGCAAGUAUAGCGGGCGGGAAGUUGACCCGAUUAAUUGGAGCCAACAUUUUUAUUGGUCCAAAAUGUGUUAAUAUAUUGAUAAAGUUGAUUAAUGUGUCAGCUGUAAUUAGUCUAUUGAAUCCUUGCAUUGUUAUUUCACAGGAGCUGGGGAAAUGGAUUCAACUGAAAGAGCUACAAAUAGAAGUGAACAAAAAUCAAGGUGAAAACAACUCUUUAAACCCUUUUUUUUAAAAAAAAAAACUUUUUAGGUACAUGAGGAUUAUUGCUGAUACUUUUAAUGUUUGGAACAGCCUCUCCAUUUUAUAUCCACAACAAUUCUGUGUGGAGAACUCUCUUUUACGUUUUAUAAAUGCCAAAAGUAGGGAUGGAAACAUCUCUCAGAGUCGGUUCCCUCAGUUUCUCAUUUUACCAAUCUUAAAUUCUGUUGUCCAUAUUUCUGUAGCAGUUUGCAUUUUUUUAAAUGCUCAUGAAAAUUGGUCAGAUUUUUUGUGCACAUUUCUUCUGAUAAACACAUUUUUGUGUGCACUUUUGACUAAUGUAUACAUUUUGCAAGCAUUUCCCCCAAAUGUGAUGCAUAUUUCCAUGUUAUUUUUAGGGCUGGGAAAUAUAUUGAUAUAUCAUCCAAAACCAGUUUGAAGUCCAGAUCAUGAUAGCAGUUUCAUAAUUUUUGACCUGGCAAUAUAUCACAAAUCAUGGUGUGUGUGCUUUGAAGGUUGGCUUUGUUUGAUCAUCGUACUGUUUCAGAGAAUGUGGAUUUGAUAAACGGGGCUUUAAAUGUGAACCAAAUCUAAAUCCUCCCCAUAAAAAGUAUUUUCCUAGAAAUAUGAAAGCAUGCAUACUACUACCAAUAUCUUAUUCUUAUUUGUUAUUAUUGUUUAUUAUACUUCUGUUGUGCCUCUUCUCCUGUGAGCUUGAGGCAGUGCGCACUCUGGGAGAUUGUGCUGAUUGGAGAGGAUGAGGAACUGCGAUUUCUUCCACACUAAAGCUGCUUCCACCCUUUCAGUCCUGUUCAGCUAAGUUCCCUUCCACAGUUAAUUAAAAGGUUCCUGAUUUUAGAGGAACCCAGUUGAUGCCUGGCAUCUGUGAUCAUAGAAUCAUAGAGUUGGAAGGGACCCUAAGGGUCAUCCAGUCCAACCCCUGCAAUGCAGGAAUCUUUGCUAAGGCAUCCAUGACAAAUGGCCACCCCAGCUCUGCUUAAAAGCCUCCAAGGACGGAGAGUCCACAACCUCCCAAGGGAGACUCUUCCACUGUUGAACAGCUCCUACUACCAGAAAGUUUUUCCAUGUCUUUAGUUGGAAUCUCCUUUCUUGUAACGUAAUGGUUAGAGAGUUGGACUGGGACCUGGGAGACCAGGGUUCGAAUCCCCACUCAGCCACGAAGCUCACUGGGUGACCUUGGGCCAGUCACUAUCUCUUAGCCUAGCCUACCUCACAAGGUUGUUGUGAGGAUUGUAUGGGGGGGGGAGGGAGAACCAUGGACACCAUAUUGAGAACUUCUGCUGAUUAAUUAAUGUGUUAUGCCAUUGAUUAACAAAAUAUGGCCAAGUCAGCUGCGGCCAUAAAUAGAAUUUCUGCUUGACUUCUACUCUCCAGGAAAUUUUUAAAAAGCCUUGUGCGGAAGCAGCCCCAAGACCUCCUGUUAGUGAUUGGAACGGGAGUGAGUGCUGCUGUGGCACCAGGAAUUCCAGCCUUGUGUUCCUGGCGAAGCUGCAUUGAAGCCGUCAUUGAAGCCGCAGAUCAGCUGGAGGUGCUGCACCCGGGGGAUGUGGCUGAAUUCCGCAAAAAAGUGGUCAAAGAGCGAGACUUGCUUGUGGUUGCACAUGACCUCAUCAGAAAGAUGUCGCCGGUAAGCACAUAUCUGUAGCUUUGCAACAAACAAUAUUGGACGCACAUUAUUACCAUACAAUAGUGUUUCCUCAAACUUGGGUCACCAGCUGUUGUUGAAGUACAGCUCCCAUCAUCCCUGACCACUGGUCCUGCUAGCUAGGGAUGAUGGGAGUUGUAGUCCAACAGCUGGAGACCCAAGUUUGAGGAAACACCAGAACUUAGUUCAGGCAACUCUCAGGUGAGCGCCAUUGCCUUUGUAAGAGAACAAGGGAGGCGUUCAUGGGGAGUUCCAGCACCUCUUUUUCUAGAAAAAUAGCACUGGAUAUAAGGUAGCUGCCCUUGUAUACUUAGGCCAGCUUUGCCUGUCUUUCUGUUGGAAGACGGAGAAAGAGAGGGGCCUUCCUCCUGUCCUGACCUGUUUCUUGAACUAUUGCUUUUGAACCAGUUUUUGUGAUUAGGGGUUUGGUUCCUGCUCAGGUUCAAGGCAACCAAGAAAUCUUAGAUUUGGACUUCAGUACUGAAUCACUGGCACUAGCCUCUUUAAGUCACUGCUUGGGCUUAAGGGGGUCUUUUCCAUGCCUUCUUCAAGGUAUUUGGCAGUUUCUCCAUUUUUGCAUUUUUAGGCUAACACUGUCCUGUUCGCACUGGGCAAAUUGGGGGAGGCAUGCUGCGAAGCAGGGGGCUAUUUGAAAUGGUUCAGGAGGACAAGGUUAUAUACUUGUUGUUUGUUGUUUAGUCGUGUCCGACUCUUCGUGACCCCCUGGACCAGAGCACGCCAGGCACUUCUGUCCUCCACUGCCUCCCGCAGUUUGGUCAGACUCAUGUUUGUAGCUUCGAGAACACUGUCCCACCAUCUCGUCCUCUGUCGUCCCCUUCUCCUUGUGCCCUCCAUCUUUCCCAACAUCAGGGUCUUUUCCAGGGAGUCUUCUCUUCUCAUGAGGUGGCCAAAGUACUGGAGCCUCAGCUUCACAAUCUGCCCUUCCAGUGAGCACUCAGGGCUGAUUUCCUUAAGAAUGGAUGCGUUUGAUCUUCUUGCAGUCCCUGGGACUCUCAAGAGUCUCCUCCAGCACCAUAAUUCAAAAGCAUCAAUUAUUCGGCGAUCAGCCUUCUUUAUGGUCCAGCUCUCACUUCCAUACAUCACUACUGGGAAAACCAUGGCUUUAACUAUACGGCCCUUUGUUGGCAAGGUGAUGUCUCUGCUUUUUAAGAUGCUGUCUAGGUUUGCCAUCGCCUUUCUCCCAAGGAGCAGGUGUCUUUUAAUUUCGUGGCUGCUGUCACCAUCUGCAGUGAUCAUGGAGCCCAAGAAAGUAAAAUCUCUCACUGCCUCCAUUUCUUCCCCUUCUAUUUGCCAGGAGGUGAUGGGCCCAGUGGCCAUGAUCUUCGUUUUUUUGAUCAUAGAAUCAUAGAAUCAUAGAGUUGGAAGAGACCACAAGGGCCAUCGAGUCCAACCCCCUGCCAAGCAGGAAACACCAUCAGAGCACUCCUGACAUACGGUUGUCAAGCCUCUGCUUAAAGACCUCCAAAGAAGGAGACUCCACCACACUCCUUGGCAGCAAAUUCCACUGUCAAACAGCUCUUACUGUCAGGAAGUUCUUCCUAAUGUUUAGGUGGAAUCUUCUUUCUUGUAGUUUGGAUCCAUUGCUCCGUGUCCGCUUCUCUGGAGCAGCAGAAAACAACCUUUCUCCCUCCUCUAUGUGACAUCCUUUUAUAUAUUUGAACAUGGCUAUCAUAUCACCCCUUAACCUCCUCUUCUCCAGGCUAAACAUGCCCAGCUCUCUUAGCCGUUCCUCAUAAGGCAUCGUUUCCAGACCUUUGACCAUUUUGGUUGCCCUCCUCUGGACACGUUCCAGUUUGUCAAUGUCCUUCUUGAACUGUGGUGCCCAGAACUGGACACAGUACUCCAGGUGAGGUCUGACCAGAGCAGAAUACAGUGGCACUAUUACUUCCCUUGAUCUAGAUGCUAUACUCCUAUUGAUGCAGCCCAGAAUUGCAUUGGCUUUUUUAGCUGCCGCGUCACACUGUUGGCUCAUGUCAAGUUUGUGGUCAACCAAGACUCCUAGAUCCUUUUCACAUGUACUGCUCUCAAGCCAGGUGUCCCCCAUCUUGUAUUUGUGCCUCUCAUUUUUUUGCCCAAGUGCAAUACUUUACAUUUCUCCCUGUUAAAAUUCAUCUUGUUUGUUUUGGCCCAGUUCUCUAAUCUGUCAAGGUCGUUUUGAAGUGUGAUCCUGUCCUCUGGGGUGUUAGCCACCCCUCCCAAUUUGGUGUCAUCUGCAAAUUUGAUCAGGAUGCCCUUGAGUCCAUCAUCCAAGUCGUUGAUAAAGAUGUUGAAUAAGAUGUUGAGCUUCAGACCAUAUUUUGAUGACCAUAUUUUGAUGUUGAGCUUCAGACCAUAUUUUGCGCUCUCCUCUUUCACCCUCAUUAAAAGGUUCUUUAAUUCCUCCUCACUUUCUGCCAUCAAGGUUGUGUCAUCUGCAUAUCUGAGGUUUUUGAUAUUUCUUCCAGCGAUCUUAAUUCCGGCUUGGGAUUCAUCCAGCCCAGCCUUUCGCAUGAUGAAUUCUGCAUAUAAGUUAAAUAAGCAGGGAGACAAUAUACAGCCUUGCCGUACUCCUUUCCCAAUUUUGAACCAGUCAGUUGUUCCAUAUCCAGUUCUAACUGUAGCUUCUUGUCCCACAUAGAGAUUUCUCAGGAGACAGAUGAGGUGAUCAGGCACUCCCAUUUCUUUAAGAACUUGCCAUAGUUUGCUCUGGUCAACACAGUCAAAGGCUUUUGCAUAGUCAAUGAAGCAGAAGUAGAUGUCUUUCUGGAACUCUCUAGCUUUCUCCAUAAUCCAGCGCAUGUUUGCAAUUUGGUCUCUGGUUCCUCUGCCCCUUCGAAAUCCAGCUUGCACUUCUGGGAGUUCUCGGUCCACCUACUGCUUAAGCCUGCCUUGUAGAAUUUUAAGCAUAACCUUGCUAGCGUGUGAAAUGAGUGCAAUGGUGCGAUAGUUGGAGCAUUCUUUAGCACUGCCCUUCUUUGGGAUUGGGAUGUAGACUGAUCUUCUCCAAUCCUCUGGCUACUGCUGAGUUUUCCAAAUUUGCUGGCAUAUUGAGUGUAGCACCUUAACAGCAUCAUCUUUUAAAAUUUUAAAUAGUUCAGCUGGAAUACCAUCACUUCCACUGGCCUUGUUAUUUGCAGUGCUUUCUAAGGCCCAUUUGAGUUAUAUACUUACCUUAUAUACUUAUAUACUUACCCAUUUGAGUUAUACCUUAGGUAUAUUAAUGUGGUGAGCCGUAGCUCUCUAUUCUUGUUUUCUCUGUGGACGAGAGUGGUUACAGUUCCACCAGGAUGCAAAAGUUAUCCUGGCAUGCGGUUACUAUUUACUGUCCCCAGGAGGGAAUAAAAACACUUUGUAGAGUAGCAUAAUGCGCAGCCUUCUGAUAUCCCCUCAUCCUCAACUACAGCAAGUUGUGCACUCACAGCCUCAACUUCAGCAGAGUGAUUGAGACCUUGGCAGACCAGAAGACAUGGCCGGUAGUCUGCAGAUGGUGCAGGCUUUGUGGUAAUGUAAUGAGCACUGUUAGAAAUAUGAAGAGCCUGCUGUAUGAGACUAAAGGAUUGUCUCAUCCAGCAUCCUCUUCUCACAGCAACCAACCAGAUGUCCAUGACAAGCUCACCGGCAGAAUCUGAACACAGCACUCUCCCCACUUGUGAUUUCCAGCAGCCGAUACUUAGAGGCUAUGCGCCUCUGACCGUGAAGGUAAAAUAGAGCCAUCAGGGCCACUAGGUGUUGAUAGCUUUAUCCCCCGUGAAUUUUGAUGCUUUCACGGUUUUUAUUUUGCUGUCAAAGGCCUCUACAUAGAUGUCUUCCUUCUGUCCUUCUCUUUCCUCCCGCAGCGCACUGGAGAUGCCAAGCCAAACUUCUUUCAGGACUGCCUAAUGGAAGUUUUUGAUAACUUGGAGCAACACAUUCAGAAUCCUGUUGUUCUGCAGUCAAUUCUUCGGCUAAUGGAGAGAGGCACUAUGGUGCUGACCACAAACUAUGACAACUUACUUGAAAUCUUUGGUCAGCAGCAGAGUAAACCGAUGGAAUCUCUUGACUUAAAAGAUAAGGACAAGGUAUGCUAAGACUACCGCUGUACCAAAUUAACAAGGGCAAUUUAUCAGGUGUUUGGUGGUGAUUAUUUAUUGAAUUCAUAUACCGCCCUUCAUCCAUAUAUUUCAGGGUGGUUCAUCCACCUCAAAGUCAACUGUUUCAGUUUGAGCUGUAUUUCAGAGGUAAAAUGGCUUUAUUUGGGGGUACAGAAUCAGAGCAGCUGCAGUUUUUUUCACCUGAAAGUCCUGCUCUAAUUGGUUUUUGAAUAUUGGCGAACUAGGAAUUACUGUUGACAUAAUAACUGUCUGCCUCUUUUGCUACUGAAAGCAGCUGAAUAUACAGUAAGCCCACAACUUAGCUCACUUUACUUACAUGACCUCAACCAUAAAUGUGAUCUUAUAUAAAUGAAUAUGUUGGAAAAAUUGGGAAAAAUCAAAUACACUGUAGAAGCAUGUCAAUCAGCCAUUGCACUCACUCUGGGCGGCGUAAGAGUCGGAGGGUGAGAGAGGGCCUAUCAAGAGCACAGAGGGCAAAGGGAAGCUGGUCUGAGAGUGGGCAGAGGUGAUCUGAGAGCAAACGGAAGAUGGGCUAAGCAAGGGGAGGUGGUCUGAUAGCGAGGGGAGGUGAUCUGGAAGGCGACCUGAGAGCAAGAAGAAGGUGGUCUGAGCAAGCUGAAAUGCUCUGGAUUUUUAAAAUAAAAACAUUGAAUGCCCUGCAGAAAUCCAAAGGUACAAAAAGUGUCCCAUGCUGUAUUUGUGUGUGCCAGGGGUGGGAGAGAGAUGCAUGUUGAAUCAGAAGUACAGUGGUACCUCAGGUUAAGUACUUAAUUUGUUCCGGAGGUCCGAACUUAACCUGAAACUGUUCUUAACCUGAAGCACCACUUUAGCUAAUGGGGCCUCCUGCUGCUGCCGCGCCGCCGGAGCACGAUUUCUGUUCUCAUCCUGAAGCAAAGUUCUUAACCUGAAGCACUAUUUCUGGGUUAGCAGAGUCUGUAACCUGAAGCGUAUGUAAGCCCUAUUGAAUUCAGCAUGUAAAUUACUCACUCCCAAGUAAAUGUGUUGAAUUGGCAAAAUGGCUUUUCCUGGAACUAAGCUAAUUUCAAGAUAUUUGGUCCUGUCACUGUUUCACUCCAAUGCUAGAUAAGACCAGCUGCCCACCUCCUCUCUGUAUUUACAGAAUGCAAUUGCAAACACUUUUGCAAUUUCCACAACUUUUGUUGAAAUGAAUGAGAGCAGCCUGAGAAAUUUCUUUCAGUGGAGCUUGCAUUUGCAGGGGGGCAGGAAGUAGCCCAAGGUUGUUCUUUGUCAUUGUUCUUUUAUUUUGAAUAAUGCAUUUUUUUAACAGUGGGCGGAAAAUUCUUCAUCUUUAAAAUGUUAACUAGAUAUACAGUGUUUCUCUAAAAACAAAAAUGUUUAGUCUAGCUGUACUGGAGUGUUCUGUUUUCAGCUAUGUGUAGCAUAACCGCUGUCAGGUUUUGUUUUUUUUAGAAAAACUAUUUUAUAAGUAGCUAAAGAAGUAUGUCCCUUUGCAAUAACAAGGCUCGAAGAGAAUUCAACGUUUAGCAGCAAAUUAGGAAAGCUUAUUAUAUUAGUGCAUUUCCGUACUCUUUAAGCAAGCCAGUAGGAGCCAUGGACUUGUGAAUGUGGGAUCCAGUGGUGUUAUAUUACCCCAAAGCAGUCAGGUAUGAGACCCAAGGCUUGCUAUAAAAUCAUAACAACUAAACGAAUAGCAGCGCAAGGGAUCUAGCAUGUUUUGCGGUAGAAAUAAAGGUCAGCUGUGAAAUCACAGGGUGUUUUGAAAGCCCCAGGUAAACUGAAACAGCUGGUUAAGAAAGUGGCAUGGUUGACAAUAUUCUGUUGCCCAUCUGAAUGGCUAUAACUGGAUUACUUGUACUGACAUUUUUCUGUAGAAGGUAGCUGGGUUGAUAGAUACAUUUUCACCCUAUUGUUUUCUAGAACAUUGCUGUAUUUUUCCAUUUAAAAAAUAGAAAAGGAAAAUAAACACGUAUAUUUUGAUUUGCAAAUUACCCCCUCCCCCAUUUUGUUUGAAAUGAUACCAUUGUAGAAUUUGCAUUAUUGCAGAAUAUUGUUCUGCAUUUAAUAAUUUGAAACUUCGCUCUCAAAUGCCAUGUUGCAGCCUAGACAAUUCUCUCAAGAACGGCAAGCCUUCAACAGGUAGCAAAUGAAAUAUGUGUGAAUGCCUCAGCCUGCAGUUUGGGUGGGUUCCUUUUCCAGAUUUGGUUGUUGUUUUUAAAGUAAAUGAGGGAAGUGAUAGUACUGUCACCAAAAUGAAUAAAUCACACGUCCCUUUUGAGGCACGGCCCCUUUCUGCCUCAUGCUUGGCAGUAUUAAUAAAGUGUUUGGCUCUCUCCAGGUUCUCCAAUGGGCAAAAGGACACGUCAAAUAUGGGGUGCUUCACAUUCACGGCCUGUAUGCUGAUCCCUGUGGAAUGGUGUUGGAUCCCUCAGGAUAUAAGGAUGUUACUCAAGACCCUGAGGUGAUGGUAUGUGCACCUUGAAACCAGGAAAUUCUUCUCUUUCAUGUUAUGUCGCCUAUAAAUCAGGAAGUGCUUCAAAAGCAUCUUUCUCUUGUUGGGGACAGGAGCUUGCCUUCCGUGGCCUCCAUCUCCUUACAUUAAUCCCUGUUGCCCAUGUUGUAUCAUUUAAUAUGAUGCAUAUUUUUGUGUGUGAGGAGGAAUUUUGUGCAGUGAGCCCACAAUUUGCCCACAUUGAGCUUGUGCACAUUCAGCUUCACACAUGCAGCAACAAAUUUUAAAAGUUGCAGGGUUUGGGGGGAAAUGACUUUAGUAAUUCCAUCCGCCAUUGAACCCGAUGGGUUUUGACCAUGUGUGAUUUUGACUUUAGGCAUGAUCCCCAGAGCAUUACUCCCAUGUAAGUUGCAGGCCUACUGUAUUUUGAACUGUUGAAAUAACUUUUUCUGAUACUUAUUCCAGUGUAUGCGUCACUCUUUGAUGAAGUGCAGAUGUGCACAGUGUGAGAGGGUGGAACUGAGGGCUGCAUUCAGCAUCCAUAUUUGUUAUAUAUGUAGUUUUUACAAGAGCUAUGUGAGUUUGGUCAUGCUAUAGGCUACUCUUUUUCUGAGGAAGGAUUUGAACCCAUUCUUUCCACUAUACAAUAUUCUAAUGAAAUGCUAAUUAAGUGGAUGCAGACAGUGGCUCAGCAACCUCUUGAUCAUGACAUCUUAACAAAAAUAUUUCUAAUAUAUUGUGUAUAUUUUGAAAAGUAACAACUGGUUAUACUACCGAAUUCCUUGGGCAUAAAAGUGCAAAUGGUUAUGUUAUCUAGAGCCUUGUAAUGAACCCAUCAAAUAUAGUAACUUGCAAAAAAUUUACUAGCCCAAAUGUACAGUUAUUAGCCAUUUGUGGCAGUGACAACCUGAAGGAAAACCUAUUGUCUUAAGUGUUUGGAAACUUCCUUACCUGGAAGCAAUUUUGGCCCACUAUCAAUCAGGAAAGGGGCCAUUUAUGAGCCCAGGCUGCCUUACAAUUAAACAUUUAUCUUAUAUGUGACUUAAUGUUGACUUAGGAACUACUUGUUCAUUACAGGAAGCUCUGCAGAACCUGUACCGGACAAAAUCAUUUUUGUUUGUGGGCUGCGGAGAAACCCUGCGUGAUCAGAUAUUUCAGGCCCUCUUUCUGUACACUGUCAAAAACAAGGUGGAUCUAGAACAUUAUAUGCUGGUGCUUAAAGAAAAUGAAGACCAGUUUUUUAAACUCCAGGCAGAUAUGCUCCUACAUGGAAUAAAAGUUGUAUCCUAUGGAAAUUGCUUUGAAAGUUUCCCAGAGUAUGUUCAAGAUCUUUCCACUCAGAUCUGCAAACAGAGGAGUCCAGGUACUGUGUGUGUGUGUGUGUGUGUGUGUGUGUGUGUGUGUCAAAUGUUGUGUCAAAACAUUUUUUCUCUCCUCCAUAUACCAGUGGUUUUUAGUUUCAUAUAUUUCUGGAAUAAAGGGUAUUGCUUUAAAUAUGUGUGUGAAACUUCAUGCUUCUGAUGCCACAUUCAUUUGUAAAAUAGUCUGUUGCAACCACCAUCCCUUGUUUCUGUACUACCUAUGACAAUCAUGGAAAUGAUAGCCAAAUCAUAGAUUUAUAGAUCUAUGAUUCCUUUUAUUCAGGCUAAACAUACCCAGUUCCCUCAACCAUUGUUCAUAAGGCUUGGUUUCCAAACCCUUCAUCAUCUUGGUUGCUCUCCACUGCACACAUUCCAGCUUUUCAAUAUCCUUCUUAAAUUGUGGGGCCCAGAACUGGACACGGAACUCCAGGUGUGGUCUGACCAAGGGAGAAUAGAGCAGGACUAUGACUUCCCUUGAUCUGGACACUAGACUUCUGUUGAUGCAGCUUAGAAUAGCAUUAGCUUAUUUUUGGCUGCUACUGCUGUGUGUGUCACACUGUUGACUCAUGUUAAGCCUGUGGUCUACCAAGACCCCAAGAUGCUUUUCACAUGUACUACAAUGUUUUGCUCUUUUAUUUUGGAAGGCCUGGGAUACAGCAAAAUAUACAUGUUAAUAAGUAUUGCCAAUGGGCAAAUAUCCCAUUUUCAAGAAGGUGGCCCACAUGCUGCCCUAUCCCAUCUUUGGCCCAGUAGUUCUAGGAAGAAGAGCUGUUUUCUCUUAUCCCAAGAGUCUCUAGACUACUCUAUCAUGGAAAUAUUAUCACGAUACAGUACUGCAGAACUGAGGAUGUAGACUCUUGGACCUGUAAAAGCACAAAUUAAAUGUAAAUCAUUAUUUGCGGUUUGCCUCCAUGGAGAAACUUACCACUUUAUAUAAUAUAGGAAUAUUACAUUAUAUAAUACUGUGUGUGCAAAGAGUCGCAUGUGAAUAAUGUUCUAGAUAAGAUGUCUCUGUGCAUUUAGCCUUUGAUGCAGCCUUGUUUAUUAGCAACUCUGAAAAGUGAAUGUAGCUAAAUUCUCUCUCGUUCAUGACAUAGUUUUCAUUCUUUCUCCAGAUGCAGAUCGGGUGGACAGUACAACACUUUUGGGUUAAGUACAUUUUUUAAUUUGAAUGUAGGCCUUGUAAUAUUCAGUUGGGGUGGGUCUUGGGAAGAACUGGGAUAGUAUGAUUUUGCACCCAUGUAAAAUUAUGUGCUAGUUUGAAUGUUCGGGUAAUUAUAUUCUGUUUUACAACAACAGUAAAAUAAUAAUAAUAAACCCUCUCUCUGGCAAUAGUAUUCAGAGAAAUUGAUAAGAUCUUAAACUGUCACAUUCCCCCAACUUCUCAGUUAGUGGUUUUAUUUAUAAUUGACAAAUUUAACAAACAUUUGCAUAAUAAAGAGUUGAUAUAGCACCUUCUUAUAGCAGCUAGAACAACCAUUGCAAUUUGGGGAAAUUGAGCCAUUCUUACUACUUGGUACACUAAAAUGUGGAAUAUUGCUAGAAAAAUGUGGAAUAUUGCUAGAAAAACAGUCCUUAGGGGCCAAAGAAAAGAGGAUGAUUUUGUACCUAUUUGGUCUCACUUUCAUUUCAUUUGAAAGCAAGGAAGAAAAUGACCAAGAACUCACCUCAGCCUAUGAACAAAUAUAGCUGAUAAAGUGACAGGGGGUGCUUGAAUACAUUAUCUACUUUGCCUUGGCAUAAUAGGGUUUGUUUUAUAAACUUUUAUUAUGGUUUAUUUAUUUUGGUUUAUGGCUUAUUUGUUUUGUGCCGUAAGCCCUUAAUUUUGCAAGCAGUAAAUGUAUAGGUGUUUCUCAGAGAUUUUGUUUCAGCAUCAUAGUGCUUAAGGCAGGAGCACUGGAAGGCUACCUCAAAGUUGUGCCUCUCAGGAGAGCCAUAUAGUAAUACCACUGAAGGGUGAUUUGUGUGCUUCUUUUGUGCACAGCCACAAUUUUAACACAUUUACCUUUGGAUUUUGAGGUACCACUUCAAACAGUUACAAUGGUAUAAAACUGUUAUCUGGUCAAACUACUUGAAACAAACAUCUCAUUUUUCUAUUCAAGGGGGAAAAUCCUCUGGGGCAUGCCUGUCAGUGGUGUGUAAGGCCAGCACCUCAGCUAACCUGUGCAGAUCAAGUUAGGAGGGGGCAAUCUGGACGUUAACCUUCUCUGCCCACUCCUGCUUCCUGCCUACUUUAUCUGGGGUCUCAGGAGGCCAUAUCAGGCCUCGGGGGCCCAGGAUGUGGAUGAAUUCAUUUCAGCAGGGAAAUCUCCACUCUGGCAUACCUUUUGUAACUGGUUAACCCCGGGUUCAGGGACCUGAAAAAGUCCCCAACCCCACCAGUUUGGGCAGUAGCAGCAAAGGGAAAAAAAGUUAAAGCAGAUGCACAGCCGAAUGGGCAGGACCCUGAUGCAGGUGCAAAUUCUACCUCUGCUGGUAUGACCCUCGAAGGGUUAUCCAAUGGUGAAUGCAGAGCUCCAUCCACAAUGGUUACCUACGUCUGGCACACGGCACAGGAUUAUGAUGUGAAUUCUAAUGGAGUUCAAUACAUGCUUUGUUGGAGCCAGUCUUUUCAUGAAAAUCCUUAUGUUCACUACAUGUGUACGAUUUUGUAAUACUGUUUGUUCUCACAGGAACAUCUUGCGUGGAUUGUGCCAAGAGACGGCUAGGAGAAAGCAGUAAUGACCAACUUAAGAGAGCAAGGCUUGCAGAUAAUGGUAAUUCUAACCCGUUAUUUGACAUUUAUUUUUAUUUUCAAGGGGACAAACAGUGCAUAGCACAUAUUUAUGAGUCUGCAGUGUAAAAGUAAACAGAAUUAAAUAAAUGCAUGGUGUGUAAAAAUAGUGUGUCAUGGGGCAUGCAGCUGAUAUUUUCAAGAACAUGUGCCUAGAGUCAUGCCACACCAUGGGGAAAGUUGCACUGCAUCUUAGUUAUCACCAAGUCCUGAUCUGGGUUAAAUAAAUAUUUGUUUAUUACUGUAAGACCCCAAAAUGGUCAUUUUGAGAAUAAAAGUGUGGUUUGAAAUGCCAAAAUAGUUACAGGGGGGAAAAAAUCCUUGUGCAGAGAUUUCAUAAACACUAUCCUGCCUGGAUCAACAGCUUGCUGUGUUUAUUUCUGUGGUAGAAGUGGGGAAUCUUAUUUUUGCCAUAUAAACAGGGGAGUGGCGUGCCAGCAAUCUAGAACCAAUUGGGAGAACUCGUGCAUCUCCAAACUCUGCAGUCAUUUCCUAAUCUGGAGGUGUUUAGAGAGAUCUUAGCUCACAUCAUCAACAGCAGUUGGAACUGACUAUCUUGAUGGAAACAGAUUUCUCUGCAUAUAAAAGGAUAAAUAAAUUAUGAAUUAAGUUUGUAUCUCAGCAUAAGUGUGGCCUUUUGUCAUCCAUGAAGAGAUGAUAAACUGCUCCUUAGAAGAGCAUAAGCAUCUACCUGAAAUGCUACAAGGCAGUUUCCUUUCUGCCAAAGUUUUCAAAGUUUUAAAACAGCUGCUUUUAGAACUAGAGGCAGAAUUUCCUGGCACCUGUGCAUACCCAUUGCUUCUAUAAUUUGUCUAGAUAAAAGAAAAUAGUAUUUUUUCAAUUUGAAAACUUUUUUUCAAAAACAGGUAGUGUUGAAGAUGUACCCCUCUCUGAAUACAAGAAUGUAACUUGAACAACAGUGGUCUACGAUGAGUGUGUCACCUGAUUAUAUCACGGAUAAGGAUUCCAACAGCGGCCAAGAGGAUCCUUUAAAUUUAUAUGCAUUGUUUAGUAGGAAUUGUUUAGGAAUGGAUUUUCUAUUACAGACUUGUACACCGAUUCAGGAUAUGUACAUUUUAAGGGUAUCCAUUAACCAAUUUGCAACUACCUCAGCAAAGAAAUACUGCAAAAGGAUAGCUUCUGACAUAAAUCUGUGAAACAGGAUUUUACCUUCUUUGAAUUGGACUAAUUUUGUUUCCGUUUGUCUGAAUCCAAAGGUGAGUAUUAGAAAUCAUCUUCCCACAAGGGAAGUUGUGAGAAAAGUGCAUGAGAACUGCUAUAGAACCUACCCAUCAGAGUGAACUCUUGUGCAAACAUUUGUGGAACAGCAGUAAUGGUAAUUUUUAUUUUGCUUACUCCUACCCCUUGCAAAUAUAAACAGGUUUUGCACAUUUUCUAAGUUUUAAAAAAACUUGGUUGCAGUGGGGAACAGUAAGGGCUUUUAAUUUAUGUACAUUUUAAUAAAAAGAUUUGAAACCCAGGAGCAAA